ACAAAAGAUCCAGUUCCAACACCUUUAUUAGCACGAACGCAAGCCGAAAAUCAAUUUCGUGAUUUUUAUAUGAAUCGAAUUUCUAAAACUUUUGGUGAAGAUUUAGAUAAAUUGAGAAAGAAG